AUGAACCCCGGAGCCAUGAGGAUCCACAGCAAAGGACAUUUCCAGGGUGGAAUCCAAGUCAAAAAUGAAAAAAAUAGACCAUCUUUGAGAUCUCUGAAAACUGACAACAGACCGGAAAAAUCCAAAUAUAAGCCACUUUGGGGGAAAGUAUUUUACCUUGACUUACCUGCUGUCACCAUAUCUGAAAAACUGCAAAAGGACAUUACAGAUCUGGGAGGGCGAGUUGAAGAAUUUCUCAGCAAAGAUAUCAGUUAUCUUAUUUCAACUAAAAAGGAAGCUAAAUUGGCACAAACCUUGGGUCGAAUCUCUCCUGUACCAAGUCCAGAAUCUGCAUUUACUGCAGAAACCACUUCACCUCAUCCCAGCCACGAUGGAAGUUCAUUUAAGUCACCAGACACAGUGUGUUUAAGCAGAGGAAAAUUAUUAGUUGAAAAAGCUAUCAAGGACCAUGAUUUUAUUCCUUCAAAUAGUAUAUUAUCAAAUGCCUUAUCAUGGGGAGUAAAAAUUCUUCAUAUUGAUGACAUUAGAUACUACAUUGAACAAAAGAAAAAAGAGUUGUAUUUACUGAAGAAAUCAAGUACUUCUGUAAAAGAUGUGGGGAAAAAAGUUGGUAUUGGAACACAAAAAACAACAGGAAGACUGAAAAAGCCUUUUGUAAAGGUGGAAGAUAUGAGCCAACUUUAUAGGCCAUUUUAUCUUCAGCCGACCAGUAUGCCUUUUAUAAAUUAUUCUAUUCAGAAGCCUUGCAGCCCAUUUGAUGUAGAUAAGCCAUCUAGCAUCCAAAGACAAACUCAGGUUAAACUAAGAAUCCAAACAGAUGGUGAUAAAUGUGGUGGAACCCCAAUCCAGCUCCAGUUGAAAGAGAAGAAAAAAAAGGGAUAUUGUGAAUGUUGCUUGCAGAAAUACGAAGAUCUCGAAACUCACCUUCUAAGUGAGCAACACAGAAACUUUGCACAGAGUAACCAGUAUGAAGUUGUUGAUGACAUUGUAUCUAAGUUAGUUUUUGACUUUAUGGAAUAUGAAAGGGACACACCUAAAAAAAAGAGAGUAAAAUACAGUGUUGGAUCAUUUUUUCCCAUUUCUGCAAAUGUCCUGAGAAAGACUGAACCAAAAGGAAAACUAGAAUUGCAAUAUAUUUCUCAGAAGGACUUCAGGGAAAAUACUGUACAGGUGAUGGAGCAGAAUUUUCUGUGUAAAGAGAUCCGGGAUCCUGGACAAAAGCUUAUGUUUAUUUCAGAUUCCAUCCCCUACCCUUUAAAUGAACUGAGAGGAGCAAAUGAGAAAACAGCGAAUAAAUGUUCCAUGUUAGAUCCAGUUGAAAGUGACAUAAAACAGAAUUUUACACAGCUACCUUCAUAUAAAAAUAAACAGGAAUGGAAUCUUGACAUUUCGGAACAUAAAUUAAUUGUAAAUGAAAAUGACUUGGAAGAACUAAGAGUAGAUGCCUGUCCUUAUAGUCGACAGACAUCUAUACAUGUUCCUAAUUUCAACAUGGAUAAUAGUGCAUCGCAACUAAACCAACAGUCAGAUACUAUGCUUUUUCCAGCAAAGGAUCUGAAGGGAAAGGACCUUCAUUCAAUAUUUGGUCAUGAUUCUGGUCUGAUAACAAACAGUUCACAAGAACACCUAACAAUUCAGGCAAAGACUCCAUCCCAUAGUCCUCCUGAGGAACCCAAUGAAUGUGACAUCAAGAAUAUGGAUAGUUUACCUUCUGGUAAAAUCCAUCGAAAAGUCAAAAUAUUAUUAGGACGAAAUAAAAAAGAAAAUCUGGAACCAAAUACUGAAUUAGAUAAGAAAAGAACUGAAUUUCUUAUUACACAAGAAGAAAACAGAAUUUGUAGUUCACCAGUACAGUCUUUACUGGACUUGUUUCAGACUAGUGAAGAGAAAUCAGAAUUUUUGGGUUUUACAAGCUACACCGAAAACAGUAGUAUAUGCAAUGUUUUAGAUAUUUGGGAAGAAGAAAGUUCAAAUAAUCUAUUGUCAAUGCUUUUCUCUUCCCCUUCGACUUCUACAUUUACUGGCUUUUAG